UGGAUGCUUCAAAGCCUUCAUUCGACGUGGAGUUUGAGGACCUCAGUAAGCUGUUCUGUGAGGUUCCAGAGGACACCACGUACUCUGUGGGGGCCUCCUUCCUGAAGGCUUUGCAGAAUCCCGGUGAACACCUUCAGGACUUCACCAAGUUGUGUGACAGCCAGAAAGAGGUGGAAAUGGAUGAUCUCCUGGAGGACAUCUUACAUGGAGAUCUGGAGCACACAGCUCCUCCUGUAGACAGGUAGGUUUGGACAGGAGACCCUGUCUGAUAAUACUUUAUUUUGGAGAUGAAAGAAGGAACUGUCAUGAUUUAGGGUUUUAGUUAGAGAAAUGGAUUUAUGACAAAUGUGGACAGAGGACAUUUUGUAAUCACUGGUUGUGUUUGUUUGUGUGUCCAGGUUCAGAAUGAUGCUCAAAUCCAGGAACCUGACUGCCCUCCAAGACCCAUAUUGGAUCCACAAAGCAGAGAUGCGACGUUUGUCCCUCUGGACACCCACGCCUGUCCUCCAAGUGUCAUCCCUCCCUGCCGUCGUGUCCAACCUUCUGUUUUUGUGCCUCCCUUCACUCUCCGUCCUCCCAAUUUCGUCUCUACCCACACUCCUGUCAACAGUUUCCGUCCCCAUCUGCACUCCUGUCCAGCCAACAGCUCCUGUUCCCAACUACUCUCCUGUUCGGCCAAUAUCUUCUGUCCCCAUCUGCACACCAGCCCGUCCUCCAGUCCACUUCAGUCCCAGCAGCCCAACCCGGACCAAACCCUACAUCAAAAAAAAACCCCAACUCAUUUAUGAUUUUCUGGAAGGAGUAGCACAAUUUCAAACGAAACAUUGUGCCACAGUAAAUAAAGUUCUGGGAAAGAUGUGGCAUUCUCUCUCUGCGGAACAAAAGAAGAAAUAUUACGAGGAGCAGACAAAAGAGAGCCGGUGCCACUAUGAGCUCCACCUGACCUCGAAGCCCCAAAAGAAGGUGAGCAAACAGUCAGAUCGUGCAUGUCAUAUGUUCACAUCACACACAUGUCACCCUUGA